UAGUAGAGAGAUGCUUUCUCUGACCAUCCACUCUCUCUUAAGCGUAGUAGCUGCUCUGCAAAUUGGAACCGAUGCCCAGGAUGUCGAGGCCUUGAGAGUUCUACAAGAUCAUGUUAGGCGACUGACGGAUGUUACAGAAAGACUUCGAAGCCAGAAUGCUGAUCUGGAGAGCAGGGUGCAGUACCUGGAAUCUUGUGGUGCCUGUUCCCCUCGACCGAAGACCUGUCAUGUCGAUGGAGUAGUCUACCAGGACAGGGACGCUUGGAGGAGAGGCCGAUGUGAGAUCUGUACCUGUCAGGAUGGAAGAACAGCUUGUUCCAAGCAACCUGGCUGUGAGGAAACCCGUCCCAAAUCCAAGUGCCCUGGAGGUUGCAAAAAUGGGGCAACAUGUGUCCUGGCCAAUGGCAGGUCAGUGUGUAAAUGUGAAUCCCCAUUUGAGGGACCGAGAUGUGAAACCCGUAAGCUGUGUCCAUGCUACCAACCCCUUCAAAUAGGGAGUCCUACAUGUAACAACCAACAGACAAGGUACUACUAUGACAAUGCAGAACAGCAGUGUAAGGCCUUCACGUUCAAAGGUUGCGGUGGCAAUGAGAACAACUUUGCCUCCCUGGAGCGGUGUGGGAAGUCUUGCAUCACUGGAGCAUGCUGCUUCCGACAACUUGGGGCUGAAACGUCAAAUACAGUUCAAUGUCAGAUAAAGACCCUUUCUGAAUGCAAAGCUCUCCACAGAAACCAAGGCAAUGGCUACCAUGAAGUGAUCUCAUUCAAGAGGGGUCUCAGCUGUGAGACAGCCCAGUGCGGAGGGACCCAGUGUUCUGUCGGAGGAGUCCAGUAUGGGAGCGGUGAAAGGUUCAGGCUAGGUUGUCAAGAAUGUGCCUGUGAGAGUGAGGGCAGGGUGCAGUGUAGAUGUGACCGGACAACCACCAGAAAGGAGGUUCGUGACUUGACUCCCAACGAGAUGUUGCGAUUCCAACAAGCAGUUCAGGAACUCAAGGAGACGAAGGUCUGGGAUGCCUUCACGGACAUCUACCACGAACAUGUCAUGCACACAACUGGCAUAAACUACUUACUAUGGAAUCGCAUCUUCCUAAGACAAGUUGAGCAGAAGUUGCAAGAAAUCGACUGCAGUAUUUCCAUACCGUAUUUCGAAGUCACAACCGAUGUUGGGCAAUUGUAUAAAGCGAUCUUGUGGCAACCAAAUUACUUCGGUGGGGAGAAUUCCCCCAACUGCGUCAAUGAUCAUCCGUUUGGUAACUACUGGUCUCCAUGCAUCCAAAGACAGUUCAACAGGACGCAAACUCUUCCCACAAUUUUGGAGUUAUCCUUGGCGCUAAGUACAGACAAUUUCAGUGACAUGAGCGCAGACUUGGAGACUUAUAUGGCAUAUAUUCAUACAUAUAUUGGAGGAGACAUGGCCACUUCCCAUGCCGCUUAUGACCCAGUUUUUCUCGUGAUCCGAGCUUAUGCCGACUUUCUGUACUGGCAAUGGCAGAACAAACAGCCAAACAAUCUUUUGAACUUCCCAUCACGACAAAGCUCCAUCCCAAUUGUACCUUUCAACACUGCCCCCAAGGACAUCCUUGAUUCGUCACGUGAUGUCUGCGUCACAUACACUCUACCAAGUAAAGGACAUCCAUGUAACGUGACACGUGAUAAUUCAGCCUGGUAUCCUGGACUAGUGGAUGUAUCUCAGUUUUCCUACUCAGGAUACGACCAAGCUGGGUUCGAUGCUCGAGGGUUUGAUCUUUAUGGAUUCAAUGAAAAGGGAUUCGAUCGCGAUGGCUAUGACAUCCAGGGAUACAACAAAGAAGGUUACAAUCGCUUUGGACUGAAUCGCCUGGGACGAAUAAAUCCUGAUUGGAGACACCAGGAUGGCAUUGACAGACGAUGCUUGAAUGAUGAAGGCCUAACAGAUGCAGGUUUCGACCAGUAUGGCUUCUCCAUCCAUGGUUAUGACGUCCAUUACUGUAACUACAGCUACCGCGGUCCCUUUGCUACCAGGGAAUCUCUACGAAUCUGGGAGGUUCUCUUGAUGCAGAGCGAGCAGUUCAUCUCCACGCAGGGACGGGUCUGCGAUGAUCUCAACCCUGUGUCGAACAUAUGGGUGGAGCAUACAUGGGUUGACAGCCUGCAAAAGCUUGUUGGAAAAUUGCCAAAGAUCACCAACAGAAAGUCAAUCGUCCAAAACGAACGGUUCUGUAUCGAUGUGUCUCUGUAUCCACUAGUUUGCCAGUGUGAGACAAGAAUCGCCACCUGUACCGAGAACCCCUGCCUGACAUCUACCUGUCCUUCCAACCCCCAGGCGGUGUGUCAAGUGGAUGUCUGCGGCAAUUGCAAGGCAAAAUGGAUCGAUCAGGGCUUUGAGGUCAGGUGUGGAGAUCCGCCAAAGGAGUGUAUUGAUUCGAAUGGUAGCUCUCACUUACCUGGAACCAAGUGGAUGAAGAGUCAGUGUGAAGAGUGCACUUGUAACAUGAAGGGAGAUGUGGUGUGUGGUGCUAAGCCUUGUCCUGGUGUGGCUUGUUCUGACCCAGUUACUCCUGCUGGUCAUUGCUGCCCCAUCUGCAUGGAAUGUGUCUACAAUGGCAAGGUCUACCUCGACGGUGCCAAGUUCCAACCUGACCUAUGCACAUCAUGCGAGUGCAGACAAGGCCAAUCUGUCUGUGAAGAGGUCAAAUGUCCGCCUGUUUUCUGUAUGGAUCCGAUACAGCUGCCUGAACAAUGCUGUGCUACCUGCCCAAAUAUUUGCGAGUACGACAGCCGUAUAUUCAAGAACAAUCAGCACUUCAUCCCCAGCUUCAACCCUUGUUUGAACUGUACCUGUAAACGUGGUGUCGUCCGCUGCCUGAACGUCAGAUGCUCUGUACCACCACCUGGGCUACCAUGUUCAAGACCUGUCGCAAAACGUGGCGAGUGUUGUCCUACAAUCUGUACAAGUUGCAAGGAUGCCACUGGACGAGAAUAUGAUGAUGGAGCACAGUGGGAGUUGGCCGAGGAUAAAUGCCGGAUAUGCCAGUGUAAGAACACCAAGAUGUCAUGCCGGGAUAGGCGAUGUGCUCAGUAUUGCACCCACGGCAAGGUGGUCGACGCCAUGUGCUGCCCAGACUGUUCAGAAUGUCACUACGAGGGUGUGAAAUCCUCCGAUGGUGCUGUUUACAACCACACAGAUGAGAUAGGAUGCAGAUCAUGUCAAUGUAACAAGGGGAACUUGACGUGCAAAGACCCAGGAUGUCCGAGGCUGAACUGCUUUGAGAAGGUCACCCCACCAGGUCACUGUUGCCCUGUCUGUGCAGGCUGUGUGGUGAAUAGACAGAAAUAUCGAGAAGAUGCUGUAAUUCCUAACCCUGACAACUGCAGGACCUGCGUUUGCAAGUAUGGUGCUGUGAAAUGUGAGGCAGUUCCCUGUCCAGCACCUGUGUGCUCCCACCCUGCCCGUCCACCAGGCCAGUGCUGUCCCAUGUGUGACCAGUGUCUGUUUGAAGGAAGGAAACUACUGGCAAAUGGAGAAUCCACGACGGAUUCUCGAGACCCAUGUAUUGAGUGCACCUGCAAGGAUGGCUCUGUCACCUGCAGUAAUGUAGCCAGCGAAUGCCGCGCUAGCUGCAGCCAUCCCCGGAUACUGCCCUCCACAUGUUGUCCAGUCUGUGAUGGCUGUAUGUAUGCGGCAAAUGAGUACUUAAACGGGCAGAUGUUCCGGCCGCAGCAGGAUGACCCAUGCCAACUAUGCUCAUGUGAGGAUGGUAAUGUCUCUUGCGAGAAAGAGGUGUGCCAAGACCACUGUCCCCAUCCGGUCAGGGUCCAGGGUACAUGCUGUCCUGUCUGCAGUGGAUGCGAGUAUAGCAACAAGAUCUUCCAGAACGGUCAAGUGUUUUACCCAAGGAAGGAUGACCCUUGUACACAAUGCAACUGCAAGGAUGGAUCAGUGACGUGCCAGGAGAAGAAGUGCUCCAGCCAAUGUUCCCACCCUAUCCCAGUCGCUGGACUCUGCUGCCCCAAGUGUGAUGGGUGCCUCUUUGAAGCCAACGAGUACCUGAAUGGACAACCAUUCCAUCCUGAUGAGUGUAGGUCAUGCACAUGCGAGAAUGGAAAUGUAGCAUGCAAGACCACUCUCUGUGCCCCAACCUGCACCCAUCCCCUUCCAAAAGAAGGUGAAUGCUGUCCAGUCUGCGAUGGAUGUCUGUAUGAGAAGAAUACCUAUGUCAGUGAUCAGAUAUUUCAUCCAAGGCCCGAAGAUCCAUGUUAUACUUGUACAUGUAAGCACGGAGACAUCAACUGUGGCAUAGAGAAAUGCACAUCCAAUUGUCUUCAUCCGGUCAUCAAGAGCGGGUCAUGCUGUCCUGAAUGCUAUGGGUGUUCUUAUGACAACAGGGACUACCUCAACGGACAGACGUUCAAACCAAUCGCUGAUGAUUUGUGUACAUUAUGUACCUGUGGGAAUGGCAAUGUAACCUGUGCAAAGGAGACCUGUGAUCAAACCUGUACCCACCCAAUGCGAGUAAUAGGGGAAUGUUGUCCUGUGUGUGACGGGUGCGAGUUCGAAGGUGGCAGAUACCGUGAUGGUCACCGUUUCAGACGCCAAGAUGGUGAACCAUGUGACAUCUGCCAGUGUGAAAAAGGAAACGUGACAUGUGGACUGCAAGAGUGCCGGACGCCCUGCAAACACCCUAUGCCAGGCCAGUGCUGUCCAGUUUGUGAGGGAUGCCACUACAAUGAUAUAGAUUUCACCAAUGGUCAGGAGUUCAGAGGAGACGACCCUUGUCAGAUAUGUUCAUGCCAGUUUGGUGAUAUAAUCUGCAAGAAAGAAGAAUGUAACCCCCGCUGUCACCACCCAGCUCCUGGAGCCUGCUGCCCUCAGUGUGAUGGAUGCAGCUACAUGAAUGGCACCUACAGCAACAGGGAGAAGUUCUUCCCACAUCUCGAUGACCCAUGCAUCAUGUGCACUUGCAAUAAUGGUACUGUGUUGUGUGACCGUCAGCAGUGCCAGGUCGACUGUCUUCAUCCGGUUUAUUUAGACAACUAUUGCUGUCCGCUGUGUGACAGUUGUGACUACAAUGGUGUGACCAGGAAAAAUGGAGAGAAAUUCUCACCUAAUGAUCAAAACUGUAGAAGCUGUUCUUGCGAGGAUGGAACUGUGACCUGCCGCUCCAUGGCAUGUGAAAGGACAUGUUCCCACCCAAUCUACCGAGACAACGAAUGUUGUCCAGAGUGCAGUGAUUGCCAGUACGAUGACCGCCAAGUCCAGAAUGGCCUUGAGUUCCGAGCCAAAGAUAGCAACCCGUGCAGAAUUUGUUCCUGUCAGGACGGCAACAUACGCUGCGCGAAUAUCCAGUGUGACAUGACAUGUACCCAUGCUAUCCCAAAUGCCGACGUCUGCUGCCAGCAAUGUGACAACUGUCUCUUUGACAACCAACUCUACCGAAAUGGCGUCCAAUUCAAUCCUAAAGAUGAUUGGUGUACGAAAUGUCAAUGUGAGAAUGGUUCUGUGUUGUGUGAGACAAUCGACUGCCAGCCAGUCACCUGCUCUGAUCCUGUAUAUCGAGAUGGUGAAUGCUGUGCUGAGUGUCCCAUCGACUGCUACGUCAAAGAUCAGAAAUAUAGAGACAAUGCACAGUGGAUUUCACCCGACGAGCCAUGCAUUUUAUGUAAAUGUGAGCGUGGCGUAGUGAAGUGUGCCCCAAGGAGAUGCCCGCCUACUGACUGCAGUGGAGAUGAGCGCCUGAUCAAGUUCCCUGGUUCAUGCUGUGAGAUCUGUGUCAGUUCCAAGAACCUGUCCUGCCUUCAUAGAGGCACAGAAUAUGGGGCAGGAGACACUUGGCAGGUAGACUCCUGUACAACUUGCGAGUGCAAAAAUGGCAAGGUACAGUGUGUCUCGAAAGAAUGUCCCAUCCUCAAGUGCGGUCAUGACAAGUCACUCACUGUAGCACCUGGGCAGUGUUGUCCAGAGUGUGUUGCAAAGCCUGGAACAUGUACAUCAUAUGGCGAUCCCCAUUACCAGACAUAUGACGGACACACCAUCACUUUCCAAGGCUUGUGCAAGUAUGUCAUGACCAAGGACUGCCAGAAUGGAGACUUCACUGUCGAGGCCCAGCAUCAUGACAGAGGAACCACAGGAGUCGCUUGGGUAGAGUACCUCAUCGUAAGAGUCGGCGGGAAAGUGGUGGAGCUUCUGCAGAAAGGCAAGGUCAGGGUCAAUGGAGUCGCAGUGGAGUUACCGUACAUCGAUGACCCAGUUGUCUACUUAGAAGGAUUUCAGAAUACUGUCUUGCUGAAUUCAAUUGUUGGAUUGCAGAUCUACUGGAACGGAGCUGGUUACGUGGAAGUCAGUGUCCCUGGAACUUAUAAGAAUCGUGUGUGUGGCUUGUGUGGAAACUUCAAUGGAUACAAACAGGACGAUAUGAAGAUGAAAUCUGGACAGUUCACACAGUCUCCGUCGAUCUUAGGAAACAGUUGGAAGAUUACAGCCCCAGGUGACACUUGUGAAGAAGUUGCCGACUUUGAUCCUUGUAUGAAGGCUGGCUUCAGAGUGAGGAAGUUUGCCAACACCAAGUGUGCUAUUCUAAAGGACCCACAGUUUGUGAAAUGCCAUGGAGCUGUUGCUCCCGAUUCAUACUACGCCUCCUGUGUUUAUGACAUGUGUGUCUGCAUGGAGAACAUGGAGUGUCUCUGCGACAUCCUGUCAUCAUAUGCCCUGGAGUGUGCAAAGAAAGGAGUCCAUCUGAUAUGGAGGUCACCUGAUCUAUGUGCAAUGAAAUGUCCAGAAAAUGCCGGCUUCAUUUUUGACGAAUGUGGACCAGCAUGCCCGAGAACUUGUGAGACUCGACAUGUACCCCUCGGACAUAUCACGGACAAGUGUUUUAAGCCUUGCACACCAGGAUGUAAAUGUCCAGCCAAUAAAGUAUUACAUAACGACAAAUGUAUUGACGAUGACGAGUGCCCAGAUAACAUUGUUUCACCAACUACCUAAGACGCAGACUGCCUUUCAAAAGAAGAUCCACAAGUUAUGUACAGCUGUUAUCAAUAGCUGCACAGGACAUUUAAGACAAGUUACACAGUUGUUGUAAGAAGCACUGUAACAAUCUGAAGAUUGACAAUGUAUAUCAAGACUUUCCCUAUGAUAACCAUACCC